AUGGCAUCAUCCGCUACCGAAAUUGAGCCAUUACUGGCCAGUUCGAUGAGAGUUUUGCGCAAUCAAACCACCCUUCAAGAUCUCAUUGCAGCUUAUCCAUCUUUGAAGGAAAAGUCGCUUUCAUCUCCUUCGAGCUUGACAGAGUUGGAACGUCGCGUGUUCCUUGAUCUCCCGGAUCCGGAAAUUGAAAGUGCCAAUAUAAGUGCAGCAACAAAUCUUUCACGGGCUGAAUUGGUAGAGAAAGCGGUUACCAAUCGCGCUCCAGCUUAUCUUGAGAACGAGGAAGAAGCUUUCAACAUUGGUAUUCAUGAGUUCUGGGGCCGCGAGAAAGCUGUGCGGAAUUAUCAAUUAAAUGGUGUACUCAAUGCAGCCUUGCCAUACGCGCCGGAAUGGAUAAAGCAGCUCUACAAGGAGGGAAAACAGCAAUGGGGUUUUGUAUGUUGUUAUGAUGCUGCUGCUCAAACCAUCGAUGCAGAACGCCUUGAGGAAUUCCAAUUUGCCUUAGGUAGCUUUUUCGAACAUGCACUUCGGUUCAAUGGCUCAAAAGAUAUCAUCAACGCCAAGUGGAAAUAUAUGACGUUUAAUGCGCCAGCCACUGCCUUUGCGCAUACUCCAACUUCCAUGCAAACUGAAGGCCACAGUGGUGGGAUUACCUUUCGGAAUGUCGGUUCCCAGUUCCGAAAUGCAUUUAGGGAAGUUUUAGAAGACCCAGAAAAAUACCAAAGAAGGGAAGAUAUAAUAUCGACCACUGAAUACACAGGUGAUCUUGAAGAUGGAAUUGCCGGUUCCGGGUUUCUCACAAAUACAUUUCUUGUAUUUGAUCCAGUCUGCAUCGACUUAGUGGUGGAAUCUGGAUAUUUCUAUGAUAACAUGCGUGUCUUAGCAUUCGAGGCUGAAUUUCCAGUGCCAGGAAGAACAUAUGUGGAAGGAUAUCAAGGUUACACAUGGGUGAGACUAGAUCAGUUGGUGUGCUACUUCUACGAGCUCAGGAUGAAAAACGAGCUUGGCAUAGAUAAGAUAUGGGAGGCGGCGCAAAAGAGUCAGAACAGUGCAUUUGUUAGCAUGGACCCCGAGGAGGCUUUGAAUUGGUCGCGUUCUAACCAUCAAACGGCAUUCACCUCCGAUAGUAUACUCGGAAAAAGACGUUAUAUCAUAAGAGAAGCUCAACAGAGUUGA